CUGCUGUGGCUGAUGGCUCAUUGCACCUCGUGGACACCCAGUUUUGGGAUCAAUCCUUUGUCUACUUCCCUAGUGAUGAUUAACCUGGUGAAGUACACAUUCAUCAGCUGGAGUAGUAGUUUUCCUUGAAUUUGUUCGAUCUGAAGCCAUGAGACUCCAUGGAGUCAAUAUUGAGGACCUCCCCACCUACCAGUGGGAUGGGACAGACCCAGGGAUGGUGACAGGAGUCUGAGAUGUUUCCAGAUUGAUACGGUUCAAAGGAUUGCACCAUACUACACCAGAGAAUACAGAGAGGAUAGACACCACAGAUAGAUCCUGACCAUCAUCCAAGGAACAACUGCACAACUGUGGGAAGACGUCCAGUCCCUUCACAGCAUUGCUCAAUAUAGAGAAGGUUGGGUAGUGAAACAAUCAUCUGGAAAUCGGUCGGGUCAGGGGAGCUUUGACAUAUCAUCAGAUCUGAAACUGGUCAGUGAUGUGGAGCCUUCCAUUAGAACCAAAUUUUCGAAAUUUCGGCUGUUGGCAAUUGGUCAGGUUGAGGCUAUGAAGAAAUGUGAUUUGGCUCAAAGUGUGGUGAGUGCUUCAAUCAUUCAAUGAACCUCAUGAACCACUGGUUCAUUCCUACAGGCAAGAGGCUGUUCAACUGUGAAUUGUGAGAGACGGACUCCACAGACUCAUAAAAUCUCCUAAUGCUUAAGGUGCAUAUGUUAGAUAAUUGUUAACACAAAGGCAGUUACAUGGAAGAGAAACCAUUCAAGUGUGAGUUGUGUGACGGACCUCUCACACAGUCAUCGACUCUUGUGAGACACCAAUGCAUCCACACUGGGGAAAAACCAUUCAAGUGUGAGGUGUGUAACAAGGGCUUUGCAAAAUCACCGGCCCUGCUGAAGCACUGGCACAUUCACACAGGGGAAAAGCCAUUCACAUGUGAGGUGUGCAGCAAAUCAUUCUCUGACUCGUCGACCCUUCGCAGACACCAACAGAUUCACACAGGUGAGAAACCAUUCACGUGUGGGGUGUGUGACCAAUCAUUCAUGCGCUCAUCGACCCUCCGCAGACACCAACAGAUUCACACUGGGGAGAAGCCUUUCACAUGCGAGGUGUGUGAAAAAUCAUUCUCCCGGUCUUCGAACCUCCGUGUACACCAGCGCAUGCACACAGGGGAGAAACCAUUCACUUGUGAUGUUUGUGACAAGGCUUUCACCCACUCCUCUCAUCUUCUGAGACACCAGAGGAUUCACACAGGGGAGAAACCGUUCAAGUGUGAGGUUUGUGACCAAGCCUUCAUCCAGUCAUCACAGCUUGUGGAACACCAACGUAUCCACACUGGAGAGAAGCCGUAUUCGUGUGAGGUGUGUAACGAGGGUUUUGCACGAUCAUCAGGACUCAUGUAUCACUGGCGCAGUCACAGUGGGGAGAAACCGUACACAUGCAAGGAGUGCGACAAAUCAUUCCCUCGGUCAUCAGCCCUCCGCGCACACCAACGCAUUCACACAGGAGAGAAGCCAUUCACGUGUGAAGUGUGCAACAAAUCAUUCCUGAAGUCAUGGAACCUCCUGCACCAUCAGCAAAUCCACACAAUGGAGUAACCCUUCAAGUGUGAGGCUUGCAAUAAAGCUUUUCUGAUUUCUUCAACAUUCCUGGGACGUCAGAUGAUUCACAUGGGAAAAAUUUCUCACGUGUGAUAUUUGUGACAAGGCUUUCAUGCUCUCCUCUGAUCUCCUGAAGCACCAGCCGAUCCACACUGAAGCAAAACCAUUCCAGUGUGAGGUGUGUAACAAGGCUUUCACACAGCCUGUGUAUCUCCUGGUCCAUCAACACUCACACAGGGAAGAAACCCUAUCGGUGUGAGUUCUGUAAUAAAGUCUUCAUAUAGUUGUUGAAUGCCCUGGAACUUCAGCAAAUGCACAAGGGAGACAAUCCUUCCAGUGUGACGUGUGACAGGAUUGUUUCACCUACUCCUCCCCCUCUCACCAUACACCGACAUCUCCACACAGACUUGGAGCCGGGUCACCUACUUCUGUUACACUGACAGUUGUCUGUGUUACCCUCCAGUGCUCAUACAGGGGAGCUGUCAUUUCAAAGCAGUGUCUGUCCCUCCCACUAUCAAUCCAUAUGUUUCAAGAAGGCCAAUUUAACCUUUAACCUGAUCGCCAAACAUCACCAAAAGAAGACAUCAAUAAGCAUAGAAGCUCCUUUUUAUACACAGAUGCCAUUGUGUCCUCAGCCACAGCAAGUAGCUGAUUCAGGAGAAUGUGUGUCAGGAUUUUCCCUGCUCUGGACAGGAGGGAAAUAUCUCAAUAGUUUGCACAGUGUGAUUUAUCUCCCUUCUUGAAGAUAGUUACAAUUGUCACAUUCCUAUAGUUGGGUGGAGUUCAUUUGCCUCCCAAGUGCAUUGGAUGAGUUCAUGGAAUCUUGAUGUGAGCAGAAGUCCACCAGCUUUGAAGACCUCAGCUGGAAUACCAUCAGGGCCACAAGCUUUGUUGUUUUUCAUCUGUUUGAUUGUUGCAGCUCUCCCAUCGAUGGUUACUCACCCAUGGACUCUACCACAGGCACUGGGGAUAGACUGGAGGAUAUCAGCUGCCACUGUGGAUUCAUGGUUGAGGAGUUGUUCAAAAUGUUCUUUCCAGCGUUAACAGAUGGCAUUGUCAUCCUUAAGAAGAGAAACACCAUCCUGUGAACAAAGGGGCUUUUGUCCAUUUGACCUCGAUCUAUAGAUGACCCUGGUGAGCUCAACAAAAGAUUCACAUGUCACGAUGAUCAGGGUAUUGUUGGAUCGCAUGGGCUUUCUCUUCUCACUACAUGACCUUUAUCUUCCGGAUUUGUCUUUGGAUCUCAAUCUUGAGCUGUUGAAAUGCUGCCUACUUGACUUACAGUCUUGGGUUGUUCUGUUAGGCAAUGAAGGGUUAAUGCGUUUGUUCCAGGAGGCCACAUAUUUGAGGGUCACGUUUGUCAAACCCUGAUGAUGAUGAUACUCGAACCUAAUGCUCUGGACGUAGGAGUUUAGUACAGCUGACUUUAUUUUGAUCCCGCUGUUCUGGAAUUAUGUUGGAUGUGUGAAAAUCGGUUGUGAACUGCACCUGGAAUUCCUUUCUUUGUUUUAGGGCUGUUUUAGGGCUGAGACAUUGAACUUCUUCCUCUUGUUUUUUGGGCCUUGUGAUGUCUUGUUGCUGGGUGGAUGUUCAAGUCGAUUAUCUGUCCAGCAGGUAUCAGUCCCCCACAUGAAUUGAGUGAUACAGACAUCAGUUAGAUCAUUGACUUAGCUUUAGAUCUUCCAGAGGAAUCUCUGACAUGGUCUUUGCCAGAGAAAUCCAAGAAAAAUGUUGAGACAACACCAGGAAGUCUUUAUUACAUCAUCGAUGUGCGGCGCCUGACUCAGGUGAUGCACAGCUCACAGCCCCGGCCAGGCCUAAUCCACCGUAUUCCUUAUGUUUCCAUCAUCUCUGUUGCUAGUUGCCCAACUCUCUUUUUACUGUCAUUGUCUCUAGCUUUCUACCAUUUCGAAAGCCUGCUCUGCCAUUUCGUAAGAUCAUGGCUGAUCUGAUAGUAACCUCAAAUCUGCAUCCCGCCUACUCCUGAUAACCUAUCACCACCACCCCCACUUGCUUACCAAAAAUCUAUCCACCUCUGCCUUAAAAAUAUUCAAAGACUCUGUUUCCACUGCCUUUUCAGGAAGAGAGUUCCAAAGACACAUGACUACGAGAGAAAAAAUUUCACCUUAUCUCCGUUUUAAACGGACGACCCCUUUUAUUUUUAGAGUGACCCCUAGAUUCUCCCACAAGAGUAAACAUCCUGUCAACAUCCACCCUGUCAAGUCCCCUUAGGCUCUUAUACGUUUCAAUCAAGUCGCCUCUUACUCUUCUAAACUCCAGCAGGUGCAAGCCUAGCC